AUGAACGAAAAUCAAAUUCUAUCAACACGAUACCUAAUACAGGAAAAAUAUUUAUCCUUACAGAAUAGAUUUACUAUUACUGAUGAUGCGGGAACGAUUCGUUAUACAGGAAAUGCAUCGUUCUUUACUAUGGGCGAUAAAGUACAGAUUUUCGAUGCUAAUGGCAAUGAAAUGAUGAAAAUUCGGCAAGAUAGUUUACAUUUGCAUAUGACAUACCGAUUAUUUUCGACUUAUGCUGGUGCUACCGAACGACAAAUAGCCUUAAUUAAACGAACCGGUCCUUUGUGGGAGCAUAAAUUACAAAUUAAUUGUGUUCACGGUGAUUACAAGAUCGAAAGACGGAAGGAUGGAACAUCUUCUGACGAAUUCGUCAUCACUAAAGAUGGUGAUACUGUUGGUCACGUGACAAAAGAUGCAUCACCGACGAAAACUUUCUAUUGGGUAGAUAUCGUCGAUAGUAAAGAACAAAAUCAUAUUCUUCUAUUAGCCAUGGUUAUUGUGCUUUCAUGUGCUCAACGUAUACCAGUCAAUCCAAUGGCCAAACCCAUGAUUAAAUCAACCAAAUCCAACUAA